AUGGGUGAAAAGAAAGAAAAGCGUAGUUCAAUUAAACGACUCAGUGCUAAGUUAACCAAGUCAAAGGAAAACAGUGAAGCAUUAGAACACAUCUCAAAGCAUUUAGCAAAUGAUGAAGAAAAACAUAAAAAGAGUAAGCUAAAGGGAAGAAGAGCCAUAAAAAAGAACAAGAAGCUACUUCAAGGGGAAAUUGAAGACCAGGAAGAAACUACGGAAAUGAAGCCAGCAACUCUGCUUGAUGAAAGUACCAAGACAAAUAGUUCAACAGAUGAGAGCACCCUGUCUAAGAUUGAAGAUAUGUCCAAUAGCGAAGGAUCUCAGGAUGCGACUGAUGACACGGUUAUCAGAGAUUCUGAUGUGGAUACUGGUGACAAUAAGAAAACUGAAAAUGUCAGUGCUGAUGUAGCUACUGAUGCAGCUACUGAUGCAGCUACUGAUGCAGCUACCGAUAUCACCACCGAUAUUGCUACUGGUAUUACUACUGAUGUUGACACUGGGGAAACCAACAAAAUUGACCAAGUUAGUGCCGAAGUUAGUACAGAUGCUACUGCAAAUACUACUGCCACUACUGAAAACACUAAUGACAACAGCGAUGAAGAAAAGAAAACCGAAAUCAUUAGUGAUGAAGAAAAGAAAACUGAAAUCGUUAGUAAUGAAGCUGCUACUGGAAUUACUACCCCAGUAACUAUCAAAGUACUGAGAACUCCAGAAUCCCCACAAGCGGUUACUCCAAACCAUUCUCAACUUCUUGUUAACGAAUGUCAAAAUCGUGGCACUGAGUCACCCCGCACCUCACAAGAACCAGAACUUCUACCAAAUGCACCUGCAAUUGGAAAAGGUGGCUACACUGAGUUGGCCAGAGACGAUUACCUCAGUCAUCUCAAGCAACUUGCAAAAAGUUAUCGGGCUUAUGGAAUCCAGUAUAGAUUGAACCAAUUGCGCAACCUUUACUAUAUACUCAAAGACAAUGAGAUUAUUUUUAACACGGGCACCAAAUAUGUGACAAUUCUCAAUGAUAUAGUGCACACCAUGGUUCAACUUAAAAACUGGGAUAAACCCGAACCGGUGAAGCCAUUGCCAUUUUCAUUAGCUAUGAAUCCAGUUUAUGUUGAAAGAAUACCACUAGGGUUAGUGCUACUUGUUGCCGAUACCUUUUAUAAUGUGAUUGAUGCCCUAGUUGGAUGCAUUGCUCUGGGAAACUGUUGUGUCGUGAAACUAAAUGACGACAAAUACAACAUUGGAGAAUUAUUGAAUGAAGCAGUAGAGCCAAUCCAUAUUGUUGAAGGCGGCGAGGAAGAAUUAGCUAUGUUGUUGCAGAAGGAAAAAUAUGAUAAAAUUGUCAAUUUCAAUACCAAUAUUCAACAUACUGUUGCUAUUACAACAUAUCCAACUCUAACUCCCGUUGAACAUGAAACUGGGAAAUCUCUAGCAAUAAUCUUGAACGAUAUUGACGCAGUUGGAAUAAAGGUGGCUUGUCGUAGAAUCUCAUGGGGCUAUGCUGAGUUUGGAGGAGUGGAUUAUGUAUUGGUUCCUGAAUCAUUGCAUGAUUUGUUCAUCACCGAGAUCAAACAAGUUGAACCAAUUCCUACAAAGGAUCUGAAUGAACAAGAACAUGAUUCUGAGCACAUAGAUGAGACCGAGCAUGCUGACGACUCUGGAAAUGAAAGAAAUAACCGCAAGUUGCCCACAAUACUUGACAUGGCAACAUGGGAUGAUUUAGACAAACGUGGUAAUAUAAUACCUGUGUUAACAUACACAAACCUUGAUGAAACCUGUGAAUUGAUUAACAUGAACCAUGUUACUAAUACCUUAUACGUAUUCACCAAUGGUCCUGCAAACAAAACACACAACAAGUUUGUCAACACCAUUGCUACCAAAGUCAAAAGCAAGGGAUUGAUAGUCAAUGACGUUUUACCACUCAGCUUGGUGGACGCACCCAAUGGAAGUAUUUAUGGCUGGUUCAAGAAGUUGACCCAUGAGCGCACUACGAUUGAACAAUAUUUGUGGAAUGAUUGGAUUUUGAAGGCUCGGUAUCCUCCUUACUCGGCAAACAAAGAAGAAAUAAUUCUGUAUGGUCAGAGUAGUUUUGGUGGGAGAGUAUGGUUUGGAAGAACAGGGGAUGUACCUACAGAUGGUCCAACCGAGGUGUUUCGGACCUGGACCGGAAUUAUAGGAGUUAUUGGACUACUUUGGGAGUACAUGAGGGGAUGA